UUCUUAUCAUAUCAAGCAAAGUUUAAUUUGACAUUGCACGUUUUUCUGAUCAGUAUUCAUAUUAUUUUUAUUGCAAUGUUAAUAUUAUUUAUAUAUGUUUCGUCAAUAUCAUUUGGUCAUUUUCAAAUGAUUAAGUACCAAGAUAUAAUUCCAUUAUACAAUAAGAAUAUGUCAAAUUCAGAACAAAUGUCAAGUCGGUCUCGAGACAGCCAAAAGAAGACUGAAUUGCAACUCUAUGACAGCCGUCAAGAUGCAGCUACUACAAAGACGAUAGAUAAUUUAAAAGAUUUUUUUUCAAUAUAUAGGAGGAAAAAUUGCUUAACAGAUAAAACUGUGUAUGAAGAACCACACAAUAAAGAACUCAAUAAUUAUAUGAAAAAUAAAAAAAUGAGAAACGAAUUCAUAUUUCAAAAUCAGAAAAAGGAAGUUCAAUUUGAAACACCAAUAGUAAGAAAUAAUUUUGAUAACCCCAACUCGUAUAAUCAUUUCCAAUUAAGUUCUUAUUUAAGAGAUGACAUAGAUCGUUCAGGUCAAUCUGUUGAUUCCUAUGAUGGAACAAAUUUUGAUGAUAUUAAGUCGACCAGGAGAUUUGCACAUAAUAUUUUUAACCAAAACAUUACAUCAGACGAAAUAAAAACUAGUAAGGAUCAUAGUUUACUUCCUGGCAAGUCACAAACACAAUCAGAAGAAAAUCAACGAAAAUAUUCUUCUUCUGAUAUAAUCAACUCAAAUGGCAAAGAAAUUGAAAUAAAUAACUAUAACGAUAUACCCUACGAUGAUGAUGAGGAUAAUGAUGACGAAGAUGAAUAUAGAUCAAGUUCCAAAAAAUUAGAAAAACUAAAUAAUGAUAUCGCAAAUCAAUUUGGAGAUCCGACAAAAGGAUUGGGUAUUUCCGAAAUGACAAAAUCUCGUAUUAUGAUUAUGAAGCAUCCACGAGUAUGCUACGCGUGUAGUAGUACUUUUGAUCUAUCAUGCUGGACUCCUAAUAGAAUAACAUCAGUAAAGUACUGUCAUGAAGGUCAUACUUCAUGUUUAACAAAGGUUUUUAAGGAUAAAGAAGUUAGUUACAUUAUACGCGAUUGCGGCAGUACCUGUGUUCCCUCAAGAAGCCUCGAAUAUAAAAUAAAAUACGACUAUUGCACCAUCUGCCAUACUGAUUUAUGUAACAACGAUGGUGUUUCUACCAAGGUUGAACGAUUUAUAGAACGUGAAAGAAUUAUUAAAACUACAUUAUUAUUAAAUAUCUGUUAAAGAAAGAGUUAACGCCGCAACAGAUUCAUGACGACAUAUUGACUUUGCUAUAGAAAGGCUGCAAGUACACGUUCCGGAUUUUGACCGCAGCCGUAACGUAGCCAGAUCGUAAUAACGUGUAUUCUCAUAAUUAUCGUGUCGCAAUAGCAACGCAGCCGUCUGAAGCUCCGAGUAAGCCACAAAAUUCAUGCAUUUAAUAGUAAGCCAUAGAUCACGGUGCUGUACGGCAAUAUAAUCGUAACUAUAUAGAAGUUUGUUUUUUACAAUAAAUAAAAAUAUUGUUUGGUUAAUUUUAACAUAAGUGAUGUUACAAAAUAUAUAAGCACAUAGUAGCAAAAACUGAAGACAAUAGAUAAACGAUUGUAAAUAAAGUGAAAUAAUUUUA